AUGUCAUUGGCUGAGCUGACAAUGAGAAGUGUGUUGACCCUUAAGUUUGUCGAAUCUUCACAGUUCCCUAUUUUUGUAAAACAUUAUCGAAAAGAGGAUUGCCCAUCAGAAGUUGGGAGCAUAUCUCAACAGCAGACACAUCAAAUCAUCAACAUCUCAUCAUUUGAAAGAAGAGAUUGCUUGAAGAAGUCAGAAGAGAGACUUUCUUCCAAAUCAUUGGCUAUAUGGACAUGCCCUCCCAAGUUCCAUCUGAAUGAGAAAUGGCUAGUGGUUGCUGGUGAAGAGAGUCAAGAAGCCAAUAAGUGGGAGUAUAGGAAAGGAGGUCCUUACAAUUUGUCUUACUUGGAACAAGGUUAUGAUGAUAGUCAAAUUCCAGUAGUCAGAACCAUUUCUAUAGAAGAAGAAGAACCAACUCAUGAUUUGACAGUUCAUGUAGCCAUAGUUGUAGUUGCUCUUCAAGAGCAGGGUAGUCUAAUUCAUGCCAACUUAUUGGUUAGGCUUCUCCUCAACCUGAUUAAUCAACGUGGCAUGGCUACCAAUGUUGUUUCUCUCAAUGCUUCCCAUGCAGGAUCUGCAAAAUCUAUACCCUUGACAAUGACUAAGCCUGACAUUAGAGAGAAUAAAUCAAUAAACUAUUCCACUUCAGAGCUUGAUCUCGAAAAUAUCAAGAAACUCAUUAGCAAAUAUGGAGUACCUUACAAUGCAGGAGGAGAAAUUUCUGACUUGGUUUCCAGAUAUUGUCCUACCACCUUGCAGCCUAAGUUGACUCUUUCACCAAAUGUUGGCCCUUCCUCCUCGAUGACUAGUCACAAGGAUAUCAACAAAUACUGCAAUUCCCUAAUCAAGCAACGUGGAGAAAAAACUGAGUCUAUGGUUGAUGAAAGCUUACAAAAACUAAUUCCGUGCAGUUUGACACCUUGUAUUUUCUUUAAUAAACCUAAGGGAUGUCGUAAAGGAUUCUCCUGUCACUUCCGGCAUGAUAUAUUUGGUAAAAAGAGGUCUGGGAGGACAUCAGAAGGUCGGGAUUCAAAGAGACUGAAGUAA